UUUCAUUCGGUUGCACAACAUGUCCUUGACUUCCUACGAGAGGUGAUAGCCAGUAAGUAUACGUCGGCACCUGGAAGGUCGCUAAAGAUUUCUGACUAGAAGUGGACAUUUGUCGCCAUGGGGAUUUUUCCAGAUGAUGGAAAGGGUCUCCCCCCUCCCGGAAUCGUCAACAGAAACUCGUUGUGGCUGGGCACUACAGGCUGGUUGACAGCGAUGCUUCAGAACGCCAUCAACCACAGGCCGCCGCUAAAAGCAGGUGUUCAUCGACAAGUCCUGUUGGCAACAGUUGGCUGGUUCCUCGGCUACCACCUUACAAAAUAUGAAAAUUACUGUUACGCCAAACGUGAUCGAGAUAUGUUCGAGUAUAUCAGACUCCACCCAGAGGACUUCCCAGAGAAGGAAAAAAAGACCUUUGCAGAGAUUGUGGAGCCUUUCCGUCCUGUGCGCUAAGUGUCUGCAGCUGUUGAAGAUGAGAGAGGGAACAUAGACUACAUCCGCUCUGAGUGGUCUUUUUGUGAAAUAUUUCUGUCAUUUUCUGGUGAAAUAUAACUAUGUAAAUAAAAAAAAGUAUACCAAAAUUCAA